AUGGGUAAAAGUCAUUCAAAAGACAUGUUUACUCAAGGGGAUUUAGAUCGAUUCAGUAUUCCUAAAGCUACAGUUGAAACACUUUAUCAAGAAUUUGUUGCUGCGACUGGCAAAAGUAAUCGAAUGGACAAGAAAGAAUUUCGUCGUUUAUAUAAAGAAUUAUAUUUAAAUGCACAAACUGGUCCAAUUGUUCCUAAAGUCCUUACCGAACAUGACUUGGAUAAAAUUUCUGAUCGAGUUUUUAAGGCUUUUGAUGCCGAAGGAACAGGCAAAUUAACUUUUCAAGAAUUCGUCAAUGCAUAUUUAUUAUUAAGUCGAAAUGAACAUCCAAAUACAGCCGCAACAGCUUGUGAUCGAUUAAACUAUAUUUUAGAUCAUAAUAACCCAACGCCAGGUUAUAUUUCACGAGAACAAGGUGAACAGGUAUUUAAUCAUCUUAAUCGAUAUUUUACUUGGAACGAUACAAAAGAUACAACUUCAAAAACAACUAUACCAUCUGAUGAAACAAAACCAGUUACAACUACUUGGGAACAACACUGGACUAAACUCGAUGAUGGCAGUGGCCGUGUUUCACAAGACAAAUUUGUUGAAUAUAUCACAAGCACGAAUGAUUACAAAAAUAAUAUCGAUCAUGUUUGA